AUGACCGCCACAGUACAACCAGCGCCUAUAGUGCCCCCUCGCCCCUCGAGGAAAUCCCCGGACAAGGACAGCUCCAGUGCCUCAAUGCCCAAGGUUCCUCCUCGACCCGGAAGGAAGCAACUCGAACGAGCCGUCUCCCCUAACCCCGAGCGGUUUGCCCCCUCACCGUUCCACGAGGGCAACUUUUCCAAGAAUGAGCCCGCUCUUCUGACCCCGACAUAUAGCAUACAUGAGCCGGUCGAGGACCCCAUCGAUCGAGCUGGGAGCGUCCCAAUGCCCUCUGUAGGCGAAGAGGGUCUUGAAUAUAGUGCUGUGCAAGAAGAAGUCCGGCAACAGGCCGAGGAGCAGUCGAAUCAAGGAAUUGCUUCCCCUGAACACACUAGCACUGUCGCCGAGGACUUGCAUCUACAUGCCCCCAAGCCUUCUCUACCUGCCGAUAGCGCCAAGCAGCGAGUCCAGGUUGUCACGCGCACCGACUCUGAUAGGGCGGCCUCUUUUGGAAUUGGCCGUGCUGCAUCCCGCGAUGGGAUCAAGAAGAAGCCUAGCACUAGCUUGUCGACCGGCAGCGACAAUGAAACCCCGCUUGAGGAAGAGCAGGGCAUCCCCGAGAUUGGCAAACGCGUGCCCAUGAAUCCACAUCUUGGUGACGUCCAGGCGCCUUCGUUCCCUGAUACCGAUGCCCCUAGCAAGGGGCAUCAGCGCAAGCAUAGCUCUCGUGGUCUGCCCCCUGGAAGCUACGGCCUUCACGGCCAUGGCGCGGGGCCUCAGGACAAGCUCCAAAAGGCCUACUAUGAGAAGAACCCAGACGCACUCAAGAGGGACGAAUAUACACCAAUUCAUGAUCCGCAAAAUAACUACAAAAUGACUAGCGCUGAACUGAACAAGUUGGUGAGGGAGACAGCCAGCCGUGGAGCUGGAGUUGGAACUUCUUCGGAGUAUCGCAGCACUCCCACUGACGAAGUUGGUUUCCAGGCAAGCGAGGAAUAUGCCAAUCGCAUUGCUACACCGCGCCCUACCUCAAGCGCAGAAAAUGGAAAGUCUGGCUCAUCUACCUCAACUCGCCCUGAGAUUGUUCUUCCCGAGGGAGGGAAGGAUACUGACGACGGGGCGAUCCACGUGGACGAUCCCUCGCACCCCGAAUAUCGCCAUCCUAGUGCCGAUGAGAAUGCAAUUGUCGACACGGAGGAGUACCAAGCUCCCAUUUUGGCUGCUGAUGAAGUAGCUUCGGAUUCGAAAGUGUAUUAUCAAAAGCCUGCUGUGCACCCCCCGCCAGCGCGCGUGGGAAGCGCCUUUGAGAUGGACGAUGCACCAAGCCGUCCCACAAGUCGGCCUGUAAGCAUGCAUCAAGAAACCCAGCCAGAGAUUCGAACCACGCCUCUUGAUGACGUUGAGGAGUACGAGCCCCUUUUCCCUGAAGGCAAAGAAGAUGAGCGCAAGAAGACGGAGCGGGCCGACGAUUCCAAGACCCAUCGUCCGUUUCCCAGCAAGGACGUUUGGGAAGACGCACCCAACAGUGCCCACUACACGGCGACUGUAUCAACUCCAGACGUACCCGAGCCCGAGAAUGAUCGUUCAAGGUCUUCAGGAUCUCGCCAGGACCGACCCUUGACCCCCGCACAUGCCUUUGCCCUCAAGCAAGAACAAUUGGCAGAGCAAGAGGCAGAGGGCGGCCGAGCAAAAGGCCUCUCACCUACGUUCUUACCCUCGCCCGAACAGAAGCAGUCCCCUUGGGGCCCUCAUCUUGCCCAUCUUAGAUCAGAGGUGAAACCAGAGAGACCAAGUGCUGGUCAUCGAUUCCCAAGUCGAGAUAUUUGGGAGGAUGUUCCAGAGAGUCAUGUGUAUGAGGCUACCAUUGAGUCUCCCCAGGAUGAGCUAAAGCAAGAGGAUUCGAACCUAGACGAGGAUUCAAAAACUGAAGAAGCUACUCCUGCAGUGCCAGCUCGCCCUGCAAGAAAAUCCCCAGAUUCUUCCGAACGCCCAGCAAUCCCGAGCAGACCCAAGCCAAAGCAAACCCCUAGUGAUGAAAAGCAGCGGCCUGCAGUAUCGGAGAAGCCGAAGCCUCAGAUUCCUGUUCGGCCUUCAAAGGGCCUCUCUGGAGACUCGAAGGAUGGUGAGGCCCCGAAAGCCAAGCCUCCUGUACCAAGUAGACCCGCGGGCGGAAAGAUUGCUGCACUACAGGCCGGAUUCAUGAGCGACCUGAACAAACGUCUCCAGCUUGGUCCACAGGCACCAAAGAAGGAAGAGCCGCCUGCCCCAGAUGCCUCAGAGGCGGCCGAGGAGAAGGAGAAGGCACCGCUGUCUGAUGCUCGAAAGGGUCGAGCACGUGGUCCGCAGCGUCGCGCUCCUGCUAAGAGCCCUGCUCCAGCAACAAGCAUUGCUACUGAGACUAAGACUGCCCCACCACCGACACUGAGCAUAUCCUCAUCGAUAGGUGUGUGGUCCAUCAGCCCCGAUGUGGGAGACGUUCACGUCAAAGGUGAAGAAGCGGACAAGCCUCAAAGCAUAUCUGCAAGUGACGACAUUACUACAGAAGUACCGGUCAAGUUAGAAACCAAAUCAGAUACUUUGCCGGCCCCCGAACCUGAACUGGUAAAGGACGAGAGCAAGGAAAAACCUGACGAGGAAACUGAAAUCAAGAAGGUUGAUACCGCGGAGGUCGAGACCAAGACUCUCGCCGCAAACACAGCCGGUGAGAGUAUUUUGGAGGCAACCGUAGAUAAAACAGCCGAGGGAAGCGAGGUUGAGCCAUUGACUGUCAAGGAUGAAGUCAAGCCUUGA